UGAGAGUCUUGUAUGGAAAAUUUGAAUGCUCAUUCACGACACACGAGAAUCCUAUUUCACCUUCCCGUCUCUCUGUGUGAGAUUGGAUCUACUCUACUCCACUCUCAUUUCCGCCAUACACUCGCCGGAGCUCCUCAGGUGAGAUAUCGGAUAUGCAGGGUUGUUUUUCAUAGAAUUGUGAGGAGUAUUGUUGAGGAAGAGAAGAUGCCGCAAGAGACUAACUGUAAUUCAAUUUUCACGUCUCCGGGGAAGAGUUUGAGAGGAUUGAAGAGCUUGGCUUCCAACAAUGAGGCUGCCGGCUAUGUUGAAGAGAUCAUCAAUGAUCAUGAAUUGGCUCAUAGAAAAGCUGAAGAAGCAGCUUCAAGGAGGUACCAAGCAGCGGAAUGGCUGAGGCAGAUGGACCAGGGUGCAUGGGCAGCACUGCCCAAAGACCCAUCAGAAGAAGACUUCUGUCUCGCUCUCCGCAAUGGCCUCAUUCUUUGCAAUGUCCUCAACAAAGUCAAUCCUGGCGCUGUUCUCAAGGUGGUGGAGAACCCCAUCAUCGCUGUCCAGUCCACUGAAGCUGCUGCCCAGUCUGCAAUUCAGUACUUUGAGAACAUGAGGAAUUUUCUGGUUGCUGUUGGAGCCAUGAAGCUCUUGACUUUCGAAGCUUCCGAUUUGGAGAAGGGAGGCUCAUCAAGUAAAGUUGUUGAUUGCAUUCUCUGUCUGAAAGGCUAUUAUGAGUGGAGGCAAGCAGGGGGAAUUGGGGUUUGGAGGUAUGGGGGGACCGUAAGGAUCACAUCCCUCCCGAAGGAAUCACCAUCCUCCUUGGUUGGCAGUGAAAGUGCUGAUGAGUCAUUGGAUGAAUCUGAAUCGUCUCAAUAUGAGCAGCUAUUAGAAUAUCUCCAUCUUUCUAGUGAGGUCUCAACAGAAGGAUCCAAAGCAGCUGAUGCUCUGACAUUUCUGUUUGAUCGUUUUGGUCUUGGACUUCUACAGGCUUAUCUUACUGACAAGAAUGGAAUUGAAGACUGGCCUUUGAAUGAAAUGGUCAUUGAUACUUUGCUCAGGAAGGUAGUUGAGGAUUUUUCAGGGCAAAUUGUUUCUCAGUACAAUCAGCUUGGAAUGAUUUUGAAGAAAAUUCUGAAAGGUGACACUAUUCCUCUAUCAAAACAUGAAUUCCUAGAAGCCAUUACACAAUAUCUUGAUCAGAAAAAUAGUUUGGCAUUGAGUGAUCUCUCCAAAUUCUGCAUCUGUGGAGGGAAACGAGAGGUUAUCAGGCAUAGCAAUAAUCUGUCUGCUGAUCACGCACAACUAAUCAAUCUCCAUCAGAGACAGGUCCAGGAGCUAAAAUCAUUUUUUCAUGAGACAAAACUAGAAGUUAAACAGAUUCAAUCCAACUGGGAUGAAGAACUUAGAAGACUUGUGUACCAUGUUAAAGGACUUGAGGUAGCUGGGUCUUCCUAUCAGAAGGUUUUAGAGGAGAACCGCCUGCUUUACAAUCAAGUUCAAGACCUGAAAGGAACCAUAAGGGUUUACUGUAGGGUGAGGCCCUUCUUACCAGGUCAAUCAAAUGGGCAGUCUACAGUAGAAUAUAUUGGAGAAAAUGGAAAUAUCAUGAUUGUCAAUCCUCUCAGGCAAGGAAAAGAUGCGAGAAAGGUGUUUUCAUUCAACAAAGUUUUUGGGACAAAUGUGACACAAGAGCAAAUAUAUGAAGACACUCAACCAUUGGUCAGAUCUGUUCUAGAUGGUUUUAAUGUUUGCAUUUUUGCAUAUGGGCAGACAGGCUCAGGGAAGACAUACACAAUGAGUGGACCUGAUUUAACAACUCAGGAGACAUGGGGCGUAAAUUAUCGGGCUCUGCGUGACUUAUUCCAAAUCUCAAAAGCAAGGGUGGAUGCCAUAGAAUAUGAAGUUGGAGUCCAAAUGAUUGAGAUAUACAACGAACAAGUCAGAGAUCUAUUAGUCAGUGAUGGCUCUAACAGAAGAUUAGAUAUCCGGAACAAUUCUCAAUUGAAUGGCCUUAAUGUACCUGACGCAAGUUUACUUCCAGUUACAUGUACUCAAGAUGUUCUUGAGUUGAUGAGAAUUGGCCAAAGGAAUCGUGCUGUGGGUGCUACUGCUUUAAAUGAGCGAAGUAGCCGUUCUCAUAGUGUGUUAACAGUUCAUGUCCAGGGAAAGGAGUUGGUUUCUGGAUCCAUUCUUAGGGGCUGCCUCCAUCUAGUUGAUCUGGCAGGAAGUGAGAGAGUAGAUAAAUCUGAGGCCGUUGGUGAAAGACUGAAAGAAGCCCAACAUAUAAAUAGAUCUCUUUCAGCACUUGGAGAUGUCAUCUCUGCUCUUGCUCAAAAGAGUCCACAUAUUCCUUAUAGGAACAGCAAACUUACUCAAGUAUUGCAAGAUUCUUUAGGCGGGCAAGCGAAAACAUUGAUGUUUGUACAUAUAAAUCCUGAAGUUAAUGCUAUUGGAGAAACAAUUAGCACACUCAAGUUUGCAGAGAGGGUCUCCUCCAUAGAACUUGGGGCAGCUCGAUCUAACAAAGAAACUGGUGAAAUCCGAGAUCUUAAAGAAGAGAUUUCAAACCUUAAACUGACAAUGGAGAGGAAAGAAGCUGAAUUGGAACAACUGAAAGGUGCAAACACCCGAAGCACCACGGAAGCACAAAAACCAAGAGUAGUUUCACCUUUCCGAAUGCCUAGAUAUGGUAGUAAUGCCAGCUUGAAGCCUGAAGUCUGUCAGCGACCCAUUGAUGACACUAGAAGCUCUGAGGCUAGAAGCUGUUCUUCAGGUAAGCAGAGGAGGUUGCGGUUUCCCUCUGCUUUCACAGACAAAGAGCUGGUCCCAAAGAUGCCUUUUCUAGCUGACGAAAAAUUAGCAAGCUCUGGAAAGCCAAGGUCACCAUCCCCUCCUGUUAGGAGAUCAUUAUCCACUGAUAGAGGGGCUCUAAUUAAAAGCAGGAUCAAGCUUGACCCAGCUGAUGACCAACCAAUCAUGAAACUACAGUUUCCAGCUAGAAUAGCCAUGAAUAAAUCCUUUGCCACAACAUCAUCAAAUCCAUCGACAGAAAACAGCUCAAGAGGAUCUACAGCUUUGCUCGAGCCGCCUAAGCAGGAUAACAUCUCUGAUGUGUUCUACAGCCUCCAGAGGAUCAACUCAAGGAAAGUUCACCCAGAACAUGAAGAGGAGCAGUUUAAGCAUGCUCUUAAUGUAAGGCAAGGUGGUGUUAGGAAAAACAAGCCUGAGAAUAAGGCUAAAGCUAAGUAUCAAAUGCCAGUUAAGAUCCAGAAAUCUGAAGUAGCUCCAACAUCACUUUCUGAUACGGAUUCUAGUGGAAAGAUGGAAGAGGCUAGAAAAAGUGACUUUUCUGAGCCAGAAAACGAGCAUGGACUUGUUGGGUCAACUUUCCAGGGUGCUUUGAGGGUGAAAAAGCUUCACAACUUCUCAAGGAAUUCCCAGAAUCUUGAACCAAGAGGACUAGUGCAGGCAGUAGAACCCUUGCUGGCUGGGAAACAUGAAAACAAACUCCCACACGGUGUGGUCCGCUAUCUAAAAGAAGGCAGCAACACAUCAAUGCCUGAAUUCAGAAGGAGCCGGUCCUCUCCUCGUGGAAAAUUGAUGAUUCUACCUUGAGGAAUUGACAGUAUACAAUAAUUCACUAGUUGCCAUUGAUUGUCGAACUUUUGUACAGGGACAAUCAUUAUCGGACUUGAGAGUUGCAUACUUCUUUUUUAUUCCUUUUUAUCACUGAGACUCGGAGAAUGUUGAGUUCAUGGAAGCGAGAACCUGAAACAUUUUCUCCUGCACCAAUUCUAUUUAUGUUGUUUUUCUUCUAUUCCAGUCCAACUUCAAUGUAUUUUGAUAUGUUAUUUAUUUAUGUAUUUAUGGGAGCCAUGUAUUUAGAGUAAAGCAGCUACAAUGCUGAGUUUUGAGUGUCUGAAGCUGAAUUUUCCU